AUGGUUUCUCAACAAACCUUUCUACCUCUCAACAGCGGUUACCAACUCCCUCAAGUCGGUUUUGGCACGUAUAUGGUUGGUUCCGCCUUCAUUUCAUUUCAGCUUCAGUCGACGCCGGACAAAGCGGAAAGACCCGUCCUCUGGGCGAUUGAUGCAGGCUAUCGACACAUUGACUGCGCCCACAUUUACGGAAACGAAGUUGAGGUGGGAAUGGCUCUCAAGAAGAAAUUUGAUGACGCAACUCUGGAGCGCGAGGACAUUUUCAUUACAUCAAAGGCAUUCCGUAAUUGUAAGCUGAUCUCCUGUAUAGUUGUGGUGUAAUGCGCAUCGUCUGAAGGAUGUUCGUCCAGCUUGUGAAGAGAGCUUGCGAAGACUGGGACUCAAAUACCUGGACCUGUUUCUCGUUCACUUCCCUGUCCCUUUCAGUGUAUGUUCAUUUCACCGGCAUUAAGUUUGCAGGUAAAGGAGGGCAGGCAGUACUCCCUGGACGACCCAAGUGCACUCGAAUUUGAAGACAUCCCUCUGGAAGAAACAUGGAAGGUUAGUUAAUCUUUAACUUAGUACCAACCUGAAUAUUUACAAGUGCCGUUUAUAAAGUUCAUGCUUCUCGAAGUAUUGGUCAUUGUCAGUUGAUUUUGAGAGAAAACCAGGAACUGGUUAGCUCGAUCAGAGGCGUUCCAAUCCACUUCCGACCAGUGUAUGGUCUGCUUCCCGAUGCAUCUGUCGUUCAUUUUAAACUGGUCUUUAUGACGGAAACGAAGUAGCCCUUUUUGUUUACGUCCUUAUGUUUGACUUUGCAUUCCACCAAACCGUUGUCCACUUUGAGUCGCCUUCUGUUCAGGGCAUGGAGCAAUUGGUCAAGGCAGGCCUCGUUAGGUCGGUGGGCGUUUCGAACUUCAACAAGGACCAACUUGAUCGGAUUCUGGCCAGCUGCAAAAUACCGCCGGCGGUAAAUCAAAUUGAAGUGUCCGUGAAUUGGCUGAAUCAAAAAUUGAUCAAUUACUGUCACUUUAAGGGCGUUCAGGUCACUGCCUUUUCGCCUUUCCGCUCCCCGGACGAAAAGACGUAAGUUCAUUAGGAGCAAGAUUACCGGUCUUUUUGUCGGUUAACAGAGUUCGCAGUCCUCAGCUUUGCAACAUAUUGCGGAAUGGUAUGCCCGGACCAAUCAGAAUAAAGUCGUCUCUUUGCCGGCUAGGGGCCAGGCCAGUCUUCAGUCUUACGGCAGAUGAGUGCAUGUAAGGCUUAAGCUGAUCGGCAUGAAACUGACUGUCCGACUGCUCCAUCUUUGAUCUGACAACAUUUGCCCACACUAGCCAUGCUUGCUACUGAUUUCCGUUUGAGCCAAGAAUUUUUCCCAGUGUCGACUGAAGAUUGGAGACUUUGUUAGAAAUGCCAUCUCCGCCUUUCGCCAUGUAAGCGAACAGUAUGAGCGGUUCUUGAUCUUGUGGUCAAUGGCGGAAUAUCAUGCUUAGUCCAGUUAACAUAAAAUCGUCCAUCUGGAUAUGUCUCCACUAAAGUAGGUCCCAAGUAGGUUUGGAUCCAUCCUACUUGUCGUCUGUAAAUUGCCAUUUAGAUAAACUCACCUUGUCAGUACGAAUGAUAGAAUGGAGGCUCUCUCGAAAGCAUAACACUGUGACGAAGUGGAAAUCAGGUAGCUAUUCCGGAUGGCACAACAGCACCCAAAUACGUCUGAGCGUUGGGGAUUUCUUACACGCCAUUCGUUCGAAGAGGUUAACGUAUUUGUCUUUGGUGUUGUGCUCCUUUGAACAGACAUAUUCCACCGACUGUGGAAGAAGAAUAUGUAAAGAAAAUUGCCCUGACCCAUGGGAAGUCGCCAGCUCAGGUCCUCCUUCGACAUGCCAUACAGCGCGAUAUCUCGGUCCUCGCAGGCAGCAUGGACGCUGAAAUGAUUAGGGAAAACUUUAAGGUCAGAAAUACGCUGUUUUUUCCUAUUUUUCUGCGGACUCUUCCUCUAUGAUAUUUCUAAUAUUUAGCAUAACGUCUGGUCAUCCUUGCAUUAUAUGGAGGUUGUGCCAUAACGUACUGCCUGCUUAUAUCCCAAACACUUCAGAAGUAUGUAGCACCUCAGCAAGAUUAAGAUGCCAUUGGCGUCAUGCCUCACAGUAUUUAAGGGUAGCCAGCAAAUUGGUGUGGGUUUUGCAUCAAGGCGUACAAACCGGAUAAUGUGGUUGUACCGAGGAAGCCAUAUUUCACAACCUUCUUCUCUGUUUCAUCAUCCUCAUCACAGUCUUCAUUCGCAGUAAUCUCUGGAGUUUCAGUGGGCUUAGGAUUUUAUCUAAUCAAGUCGACGGAACUUCACUUGUCUACAAUACUGUCUGCUACCUUUCGCAACAGCCAGUGUUAGUUGGAAGGUUAUCUGUGAGAAGACCGAAGUUUUGCGUAUGAGAGAUGUAGUCAGAGUCAGUGACCAACUACAUGUCGUCCUUUGACGCGGGUCUUUUAAAAUGCAGUAGAGUGCCUCAUUGACUAUCGAUAAAAAGGGAGCGAAAACACCGAGGUAGGAUGAUAUAUUUCACCGUCUCGGCCAUUCGCAUGUUUGCCACUGGAGUUUAGAGAGAGAGAGAAAGAGGAAUUAAUUUAUUUGGAAAUUGUAAAUUCGAAAUUUUCACUAAAUAAAUUAAUAGAUUAUUUAAGAGUCAAAUAAGUUUAACACAAAAGGAACGAUUAUUAUGGGGACAGUUCAUGUCUUCGUUUCUGUAUUUCUAUCUCUUCACACGCUAGAUAGCGCGCCAUGAAUGGCAAUACAAAAGCUCGAAAAGCCGGUGUGUGACAAGACAUAAGUCGGGAGCCGCUGUGCAUCAGGCGGGAAGACUUACCUGGCAAUACAGAAGCUGGAAAAAUCGAUGUGCGACAAGACGUAAGUCAGAAACCGCGGUGCAUCGGGCGGGAAGAAUUAGCAGAAAUAAGAUCAUAAUGUAAGGUAUGGGCAACGUCAUCUCGAUUUCGACCAGCAAACUGCUUGACCGUAUUGAAAUACCGUUGAAGGAUAGUAUCAACUAAAAAGGGAUAAGGAACACCAGCGGCAGAAAAGAGCAUUCGGAGAGCCCGUUUUAAAAUUAAAAGAUCCUUUUUAAGCAAAGCAGGAAAAAUGACAGGAGAGCAGUAUAGGAUAAGAGGAAGAAUGCAUGCAUCGAUGGAUCGCCAGACUAAGGUUUGAGGUGUGUGGUAGGAACGUAAACGACGUAUGUAAUAAAGAAGUUUACGAACUUUAGUAAAUAGGGAUUCAAUAUGGAGGAAAAAUAAAAGAUAUGAGGACAAAGUAACGCCAAGGUACCUGAAAGAGGAAACCUCGUCAGGAAGGAUGUCAAAGGAUGUCAGGUCUAGGAGAGGGCCGCAGUCGGAAAAUACACGAAACUGAUUUUUGGUUGUUCAUUAGGAGACCAUUUUCGUCCGACCAUACGAGGACUUGGUUAAGGUCAUCCUUUAGAGAAUGGAGAGGUGUCUAAUUUUUGAGAGGGUUUCCAAAAACCACAUCAUCAGCAUACUUAACCAAAUUACAGUCGUUAGGGGAUCUUAGAUAAUCGGUGUGGAGGUCGAAAAGGUAAGGGUAUAGAAUGGAAGGAACCUUGACAUGCCAGUCUCUCGAAGCAUUUAAUCGAUGAACCUGCUUCGACUACAGUGUGCAUGAGCAAUCACCAACUCCGCAUUUCAUUGGAUUUACCUUUCCGCAUUCCUCUCAAAAUGACUUCAGGUCUUCGAUUUUACCCUGACGAAGGAGGAAAUGGAGGUGCUCAAUACAAGCGGCCGCAGCACUCGCUUCUUCACUGCAAAGAUGUAGGUGUGUUUUGUUAGCUUAAGGCCACUAACAUUUUUUUGUUUUAGGGCAGUCGGUCAUCCGGAGUAUCCGUUCCAAGCUGAAUUCUAA